AUGUCUCCAGCUCCAAAUGCCCACGCUAGUGGCGGAGCGGCCCUUCCGAAGCCCCCGUCCGACAAGCAGCUUGACAUCCCCCCAGGGCCAUUCAAAAGUGUCCAGGAUGGCCUCGCAUUGCUGAUCGUCGCCCUUGAGACGGCGGAGACAGCCGCACUGGCAGCUGACUCUAGCGAUUUACAUGCAUCGAUCGAGAAAGAGCUGCAAGGUUGUGACGAGACCUUGCUCGCGCUGCGGAAACUAAAACGCCAGUAUAAUGUUGGGGAUUCUCAGUCCGAAGCGGAUCAAACGCCUGUGAAUGAGGAAACGACAAAGGAGCUCGAGGAGCUUCGAGAAAAGCUGACCUCUUAUACGAGUACUUUGAACUUGCUCAACGCGAACACCGUACGGUCCGUUCUAUCUGAUCCAAGAAUUGUUGAACAUCGGACGAAACUGGAUGACGAGUGA